UUCAGCUCGCCCUCCAACCGAGGAAGCCAGUGUCGGCCGUGCGGUGUGAGGAUCAUCUAAAUCCGAGAAACCUCAGUUUACUGCCAACCCCACAUUUUGUUGGAACAAUGGCCGUGCCUCCUUCAUAUGCUGAUCUUGGCAAGUCUGCUAAGGACAUCUUCAACAAAGGCUAUGGAUUUGGCCUGGUGAAGCUCGAUGUCAAGACCAAGUCAGCCAGUGGAGUGGAAUUCAAAACAUCUGGCUCCUCAAACACUGAUACGAGCAAGGUCGUGGGCAGCCUUGAAACUAAAUACAAGCGAUCAGAAUAUGGACUAACUUUCACGGAGAAGUGGAACACUGACAACUCCCUGGGAACAGAGAUCACUAUUGAAGAUCAGAUUGCCAAGGGACUGAAGCUGACGUUUGACACGACCUUCUCACCAAACACUGGCAAGAAAAGUGGCAAAGUUAAGACUGCUUACAAACGUGAGUAUGUCAACUUGGGCUGCGAUGUUGACUUUGACUUUGCUGGCCCCACUAUCCAUGGAGCUGCAGUUGUUGGCUACGAGGGCUGGCUCGCCGGUUACCAGAUGACCUUUGAUACUGCCAAAUCCAGGAUGACCCAAAACAACUUUGCCAUUGGUUACAAGACAGGAGACUUCCAGUUGCAUACCAAUGUCAAUGAUGGAGCAGAGUUUGGAGGGUCCAUCUACCAGAAGGUGAGUGAUAAGCUGGAGACGGCAGUCAACCUGGCAUGGACCGCUGGCAGCAACAGCACACGUUUCGGCAUCGCAGCCAAAUACCAGCUAGACAAGGAUGCUUCCCUGAGUGCUAAAGUGAACAACACUAGCCUUGUCGGUGUUGGCUAUACCCAAACGCUCAGACCAGGUGUGAAGCUCACUUUGUCUGCCCUGGUGGAUGGAAAGAGUGUCAAUGCAGGAGGCCAUAAGCUUGGUCUGGGGUUGGAACUGGAGGCCUAAGCACUUCUCAAAAUGAAGGGGACUAGGGAAUAUCAGAAGAAUCUGGCCUUACAUAUUUCCAACUCAAACCAGCAAGGGGAUAUCUCGAAGGGAUUGGUUCAAAGGCUACAACCACAAACUGUCAUUUCAAUAUACCGUAUCGUUGGUAUAUUACCUUUUUUGUUUGCCUCUCCCUUGUAUCCAUUCAAGAGACGCUCGGUGGCUGAUCAUUGUUCUUUGUUUUUAUCCAGCACUGCCAUGACAAUGAAAUAAAUCCCUUACCUUGUUGUCUGGCUCCCUUUUAUGAUGAUUCCCUGACGCAUUGUAUAUGGUCACCUAUCAGUUCAUGGUUAUGUGGGGUGAGUUUGGUCAUACCUUCUAUCUGAUUUUACCAUUAGGAUCAUCUGAUAUUCCUCUGUCAUCUGAAACACUUUAUUUUAAAUCCAUGUCAUCCGGUACACUAGGCUUCUUAAACUAUUUAAAUACUGUUGUACUUUUCUUCAUGCACUCAAGGACAUGCUAAAGCUCUAGUGCUUUGCUUUGUGUCGGCCAUUGGAGUUUGAGACGUUCUGUUGAAGGUAUACAUAACCCUCCCUUAAACUGGGUAGUUUUUGGGGGGCUUAAUAUUGGUUCUGUAAGUUUGGGGUAACUUGUAUGUUUGGUCGACCAAGCAGGCUAUUCUUGUGUUAUUUCUGCUUUGCAGACAACAGGGGAGGAGGGAGGGGGGCAUAAUUAAAGUUCACAGUAAUGCCAAACUGGAUAACUGUCCAGCUGAGGUCCAACUAAAAGUUGCAUUUCUGCACUCUAGGUCAUGGUCUUUGUACUGGGUAGCAGAGACAUUGUCCACAGGAAAUCUUGGAGGUCCUUAUGUGUAUGUAUAACUUUUGAAUAAAGACUUUCAACUCCA